AUGUCGCCUACAUCUAAUAAGGACUGCUACCUUCUCAAAGACGAAACAGAAGGAGAGUCAUUUGAAGAAGAGCCCUUUAUACCAUCAUCAUCAAUCGACGAAGAGUCUGGAGCUGACGUAUUGAAAAGACUCCUAACCAUGCCACCGCAGCGUUUUGACAUGGCGUGGAAGACAUGGCAUCUCGUUGUUCCCCUCAGCCUUAUCUUUGUCGUCCUCUCAGGCUUGGCUUUCUUUCCAUCGUGCGAACCAUGCCGUAAACCGGACACAUCCGGAUAUGUUUGUGCACCUAAUGGUGCACUCCCACAGAUCGCGCGAGACAGAGGAUGCGAGUUCGACACCAUGUCUUUUAAAUGGUACCCAAAAGAAGCCUAUAUGGACUCGGAAAAUCAGGCAUUACUCAAGGAAUUCCAUGGCCGAGGCCCAUGGCAUAGAUAUUACGACAAAGGUGGAAAGCAUGAAAUUCCUCCAACAAGCGAAGUUCUUACUGCUGGCUGGGUAACGAGGAAAGAACACACGUUUCAUUGCAUGUAUACGCUAAGACAGACUCAUUUAUGGCUCAUCAACGGUUAUGAUGCGCCUUGGAACUACACGCAUACACUACAUUGUACAAAGUACUUGAUGGAUACCAUCUUGGAGAAUCCCCCGAAAGAUUUUGAUGAACUCAGUGUCCAUGGCACCCCUUGGCCAGAGCAUCCCGAUAUUGUAUGUGUUAUUCUUGCAAAUACCUCUGGCUUAUUACAUAUUAACCGAAACGCUUUCAGGUGA